GUCGCCCAACGACACCGACAGUUCCGAUUCGCACGUCGGGUUUUCCGUCCAUUUGCACUUUUCCGUACGCCCAUUCGGUCUCACUUUACCUUACCUCUCGCCAACAACGAGUAAGCACCCAGUAUACUCCCUGACCAACGACCGCUUGUCCACGAGGAACACUAUCCCCUAGCCACAUUCCAUAAACCCCAAGAAUGGUCAACGCCGCCAAACUGAUAACCCAGAUCGUGCUAACCGGCACACAAAUCUUCGGCCGGGCCUUUGUCGAGGCGUGGAAGCAGGCAGCUAAGAACGGAGCACAGAACGCAGCAGCGGCAGGCACAGGGCGGGCAGGGCAAGACGCCGCGACACGGAAGACGGGGAUAUCGGUCGAGGAGGCGGCGCAGAUAUUGAAUGUGGAUAGGCAGGCUUCUGCAGAGGAGAUGUUGAAGUCAUACGAACACCUCUUCAAACAAAACGACCCAAAAUCCGGUGGAUCAUUCUACCUGCAGUCGAAAGUGUUUAGGGCGAAGGAGCGGCUGGAGCUGGAUCUGAAGCGGAGGGCGGAGGCGGACGGCGGGGGUGGUGAUAAGAGCGCGUCGCCAAAUUGAUGAGAAAUAAAGUAGAGGGACAAGUCAAUUUGGAAUUGAUAUUCGGGGGUGGGAAGCUCGGGGAGGAGAGAUGUGGGGUGGGCACGGACUGCAAACGAUGCGCGGCAUCUGCGGUCGCCAACCCGUGUACAUCCUUUCGUACGAGACGGGGAAUCGAAAACAACGGCCGGGGGCCUCCUGAACAUGCACGCAGAUGAGCGAACUGCGAGGACUACGUACUGUAGAACACCCGGCUGUGAGAUGUCUGCGGGAAGGAAUAGGAGUAGCAAAACCGGUGGCCAUGCGGAUAGGGGCACACACAUACUUGGACGGGGGACGUUCACCCUUCCACCCAUAUCUAUCGCAGGCCCUCGUCCGCCCCACCCCUCGCUACACAGCAUCACACACCUUCGGUUUACGUAUCCAUCCAUAUAAUUAUUUGUAG